AUGCGGCGGCGGCGGCGGCGUGGUGUGUCACGUCAGCAGGUGGCGACAAGCACGCGAGGCGGCAACAGCUGCAGCCGCAGCCUGAUCAACAGGAGAUGCAAGCCAUCAAGCCCUACGGCAAAGCUCACCUUCCGUGGCGCCUGGGCUUCGCGGCCCUUGGCCGAUGCCAGGCGAUCCUUCCACGACGCCGACGACGAUGCCGCUGCCAUUUCGAAGAGAGAGAGAGACAGAGAGAGAGAGACAGAGAGACAUCAUGGUGACCCGAAAAGUUAUCGCACCGUGUGUGUGUGUGUGUGUGUGUGUGUGUGUGUGGCUGGCAAUUUGGACGUCACCGUGACGGCUCUGGAGGCGCGCUGUGUGUGUGUGUGUGUCUGUGUGUCUGUGUGUGUGUGUGUGUGUGUGUGUGUGUGUGUGUGUCUGUCUGUCUGUGUGUGUGUGUGUGUGUGUAUUCCGAUCGAAAACACGCUGGGUGGCUCGAUUCACACAAACUUUGACAUGCUCCUCCGCUACAACCUCCGCAUCGUGGCCGAACUCAACUUUCGGGUGCAACACUGCCUCAUGUGCCUCCCCGACGUUGACCGAAGCGAGAUUACCUUGGUCAAAUCACACCCUCAGGCGCUGGCCCAGUGCGACAACUACCUUCGCUCCUGCGGGUUUGCCUCACAGGCUGACCACGACACUGCUGGCAGUGCGCAGCACAUUAGCCAAAACAAGGAGCGCAACUGCGCCGCCAUUGCCAGCCGCCUCGCUGCCUCGCACUACAACCUCAAGGUAGAAGCGCUGGCCUUCUCUCUCCCGAGUCCGAUUCUGGCCGAAGGCAUUGAAGAUAGCUCCUCCAACUACACCCGCUUUCUUCUCUUGCGCCGGGAACCCAUCGUCACCCCUUUCUCCGUCCGUGCCAAAACUUCCAUUGUCUUCUCGUUGACCAAUGCCACCGGUGCCCUGUUCAAGGCCAUUGCCUGCUUGGCCAUGCGGGACAUUGACAUGACCAAAAUUGAAUCACGCCCAGGCACUGUCAACGUAGCAGGACAGGGCGAAAGUGGGCAACUGGCUCCGCAGCAGGCUGGUUUUGCUCAGCAGGGCAGCUCCCAAUUUCAAUACAUGUUCUACGUCGACUUUUACGGCAACGUCGCCGACCCCAACGUUACCAGCGCCCUAGAACACCUGGCAGAACUCACCUCCUACCUUCGCGUCCUCGGUUGCUACCCCACCGAUGGCGUUCUCAUUUCCCCUCUGCAACAGGUGGCCCCCACCACCAAGCGCGCCAAGCGCGAUAUCGCUGGUCUAGCAUCGACGACAAAUGGCCAAGCUGCUGCCCUGGCAUCUGCGCCUAAAGCAACCCCAACGCAGGCCCCAGAUUCCAACGCCGCGUCAGCCCCCGUACCCACCACAACCCGCCAGCCGGCAAAGCGUGAAACCGCCAGUCUCGGGCCCAGCCCCAAUCCUGCCCGCCUUCACAUUGGAAUCGUCGGAUUUGGCAACUUUGGACAGUUUAUGGCCCGAAGCUUUGUCAAAGACCCGCACAACGUUGUGUAUGCCACCUCACGCUCCGAUUACACGGAAGCAGCCCAGCGUCUGAACGUGCACUUUGCCACAUCGCUCGCAGCCAUUGAUGCCCAAGCCCGCGACAUCAAGGCUCGUGCUGGACAACCAGCCCCCACGGGCUUGGACGUCUUGAUCUUGGCCCCCAGCAUUCUGUCCUUUGAGCACGUGGUGGCACAGCUCAUCGCCGAUCCGGACCUCGUAGCUGGGCGACUUGUGGUUGACGUGCUGUCGGUCAAGAGCCACCCCAAGCACGUACUCCUAUCCCAACUGCCGGCAAGCUGCGACAUUGUGUGCACGCACCCCAUGUUUGGGCCUGAGAGCGGGCGUCAUGGCUGGCAAGACUUGCCCUUUGUGUAUGAAACAGUGCGCUGCAAGAGCACGCACUUGUGGCGCCUGCAAGAAUUUCUGGACCUGUUCAAAAACCAAGGCUGUCGCAUGGUCGAGAUGAGCUGUGAGGAGCACGAUCGUCACGCCGCCGGAAGUCGCGUUCUCUCCGAGCUCGGGCUGGCCAGCACUCCCAUCAACACAAAGGGCUACCAGACCUUGCUCACGCUGCAGGAGAACACGUGCAAGGACUCCUUUGACCUCUUCAUGGCGCUCUUCAAGUUCAAUCGCAAUAGCCUAAAGACUCUUGAUGACUUUGCACACGCGUUUGAGCGUGUGGCAGGCCAGCUUCGCGAGGCUGCGGGGCCGGGCGCUGGAGGUGGCUCUCAAAAAGAUUUCAACCCGGUCAUCGCCUCCAUGCAGGGCUCCUCCACGGUCGCCGUGCACACCCGCACCAACGAGCUGAUUGCUCAGGGGCGAGACAUUGUUCAGCUCAAUGUCGGGGAGCCCGACUGGCAUUGCCCGCCCGGUGUUAUCACGGCCUGCAAAGAGGCCCUCGACAACCACUUUAUGAAGUACACGAGCGUCGCGGGCACCGCUGAGCUGAGGCAAGAGGUUGCCAAGUACAUGGUGCAGCACCGUGGGGUGCAGUGUGAAGCUCACAACGUCGUCGUUUCGAGCGGUGCCAAACAGUCGUUGUUCCAGGUGUGCAUGGCGCUAUGCCGGAGCGGUGACGAGGUCAUUUUGCCUGCUCCUUACUGGGUCACGUACCGCGAGCAGCCCAUGUUUGCCGGAGCACGCGUGCGGGUGGUGAAUUGUCGCCCCGAGGCCAAUUUUCUCAUGGAGCCCGAAGAUCUUCGCCGUGCUCUGUCACCCCGCACUCGCUUGUUGAUUUUGUGCAACCCGUCCAACCCCACGGGUGCGGUUUAUACCACGGAGCAGCUGCAGCAACUCCUGGCCGUGCUGCAGGAGCCUGCUUACAAGCAUGUGUGGUUGGUUUCGGAUGAGAUUUACCAUCAACUGGUUGCAGAACCCGAGGCCCCCUUGCCCGUGUCUGCCGCUUCAUUGCCAGGCAUGCAUGACCGCACCAUCGUGGUGGAUGGUGUGUCCAAGUCGUACGCCAUGACGGGCAUGCGCAUUGGUUGGAUUGUUGCGCCUUUCCACGUCGCAACGGCCGUCAGCAAGCUGCAGGGCCAAGGGGCCGUGGCAGCCCUGCGCACCGGCGUGGAGUACCAGCAGCAGGUCCGGCGCAACCUCCAAACCCGUUGCACCCUAGUGUAUGAAGCACUAGCGGCACUUGCACCUUACGGCGUAACCGUACAAAAGCCCCAAGGCGCCUUUUAUAUCUUUCCCCAUGUGGCGCGCCUCUUUGGCAAGACCACUCCACAGGGAACCAAGAUUGUGAAUGGUGAUGACUUUUGCACCGCCGCUUUGGAAGAGGCCAACAUUUCCAUGGUACCCGGUUCGGGCUUUGGCGCACCUGAGCACAUUCGCAUCUCCUACACGGCCAGCGAAGCUGCUCUGCAUCAAGCAAUGCAAAGCCUUACUGCAUUUCCAGCCAUGUGUUGCAUGCAUGACAAACCGCAGCCGUUCCGCUUCAUCUUCAUGCAAGAACCCAAACGCAUCCAGUGGAAGAACCUGUACCCACACACAACUCCACGUUUGACCAAGUCUAUGCAACAAACCCCCUAUCACUUACACUUAUAUUCCGCUUGUGACGAUCAUUCCACCCGAAUUAUGAGCGAGGAUGAGAAAAAUGGCGGCGACGGCGACGGAUUCGCAGGCGGCAGAUGCCUUCAAGAUGCGGGCGUGCGACCAGACGGCCGUGAGCUGGCCGAGCCGCGUGUGACGCGAGUCAGCGUCAAUGUGGUCCAGUCUGCCAAUGGCUCAAGCAUGGUUGUGAUGGGCAAGACCAGCGUCAUGGCUUCUCUCAAAGCGGAAUUUGCCAAUCCGCCUCUGAAUCCCAACGCGGCCAGCGGUUGGCUGGUGGCCAACGUGACAAUGCCUCCCAUGUGCUCGAGCACCAUCACACCCGGACCCCCAAGCACCCAAGCGCGGGCCCUGUCCACCUUUUUGAGCGACAUUCUUCUACGACACAACGUGGUCAGGCCUGAGCAGCUGGUCAUCAAAGCCAACAAACUAGUGUGGUGUCUUUUCUUGGAUGUCGUCGUUCUAAAUGAUGACGGCAACUUGCCCGAUGCCAUCCUCUUAGCCGCUGCGGCGGCGCUGCAGACUGCUACGCUUCCAACGGUCGAGAGUGCAGACGAGAACGAGGAUGCCGGCGAAGACACAAUCCCCACGGUCGAUCCUUCCCAGCGCGUUGCCCUUUCCCUGGGCCAGCUGCCACUGGCUGCCACCAUGGCCUGGUUGCAUCAGGAUGCCGAGGAGAUUCUCGUGGACCCCACCCAUGAAGAAGAGAACAUGGCGACUGCUUGUAUGACGGUGGUAAUGCAAGGCGACAAGGUGCUGCGCACCGACUUGCCCUCUGUGCACGUUGCUCCCUCGACCAUGCAGACCGUCAUGCCCCUCCCGGUUUCUGCCAUGCAAGCUGCUGUUCGCAGCGCCGCGGUCCGAACACAAGAACUUCAAGGUUUGCUGCGUUCUGCCGUUGACUCUGCCGCCACAGUCUGAUGAUUGAUCUCGCUUUAAGAUGUUAGGGUCUACAUCAAUACGUAUCUGUGAUAACAAAACGAAGCAUUUGGCAGAAGGCGAGGAGAGAAAGGGCUUGGGAGGGAGUUUCUGAGAAAUUGAACAUCCAACC